AUGUGCUGUGUUGUCAACUCUGCAUUUUCUGGAAGGCUGACAGUUCCUCCACCUCUUUCAGUAAGGCACAGGUCGCUCUACGUUGGGGAACGAGCGUCACUUUCAAAAUCAUUCAGUGCCAGAGAUGUGGAGCUUUUUGCUGAGCUCACUGGAGACACAAAUCCUCUCCACCUCGACCCCGAGUAUGCCAAAACGACCUCUUUCGAGACCCCCAUUGUUCACGGAGUGCUGAUCAACGGUCUGAUCUCAGCAGUUUUGGGGACCAAGUUGCCCGGCAAAGGUUGCAUUUUUCUCUAUCAGGAAAUACGUUUCCCGGCACCCCUCUACAUUGGAGAGGAGGUGGUGGCGGAAGCAGAGAUAAAAAAAAUCAAAAUGUCCUUCGCUUUCAUUUCUGUUUCCUGCACUGUCAAAGACAAAGUGGUCAUGGAGGGAGAGGUCAUGGUUAUGAUACCAGAGAACUCGCAGCGACCAUGA